AUGUCAAACUCGCCGUCCGUUCCCGAAGAUACCUUGCCUAACCCCUUGGUGACACCUGCAACACCUGCCCAACAUGAUUGCUCGGAUAUCAAUACCCCACGUCACUUGCGGCAGGGCCAGCUGUCUCAGGGACCUAGGGAGGACCGCGACCACCCCCCGGAGAAUACCGCACAACCGGAUAUCGCCUACAGGCCUCAGCUGUCAGAACGUGACAGCAUCUUUGCUACUCAUUACCUUCCUUCAGAUAGCGCCGCAACUACCCCACAAUUACCCCCCAAAAAGGCCUUGGGCAAUGAACGCCAGGUCAACCUGAUCCCUGCCCUCGACGAUGCAUCCGUGUCUCCAAGUGCAUUCUCCAAGGUCUCUCCCCACCGUUUGAACGUCGACCCUUCCCACAUGGAAGUUGACGUCCACAGAAACUCUCCACUGCGUUCCUCUGCUCUCUUUCCCUCCACCGACAUCCCUCGUUUGUCUCUCCUGCGCGCAUCGACAUCGCCGACUGAUUACAAGAAAGCGGAGAUUGAGACGGGCGUGCAGCCUCAUUUAGGCGGUACUCAGCGGCACAAGGUGCCAUUGGACAACACAGGUACGAAUACCAAUCGGUUUCAAGGCACUUUACCUGAACGGAAUCUCUUCCCGUCCACACUAGAUGAUGUCCCUCGUACCUCCCACUCUUUGACCAUCCUAUCCUCUGGCCAGAGCCCUCAGGUCAGCCAGGAUCUCUUAUCCUACAGCCCUACAGACGAAACCCAGACCCCUGUUGCGCCUGAGCGAAGCCCUAGCAGAGGUCGUCGUGGCCGAGUUGACAGCUCGAUUGAAGCCAAUUUACCCCACUCGGAGCCGGCUUCUAAUGUGCGCAGCCGUAAGUCCAGUCACUACCUGGGUCUUUUCAAGGAAAACACAGCCGCUUCGUCGCCGGAUCGCAAACGACGGGAGGAUCGCGGCCGACCACAAGAUGAGACGGAGUCGAAGGAUAGCAUCAUGGAUUACGAACCAGAGCCACAUGGGUCAGAGCAGGAAACUUCGCUUCGUAAAAGCAUCUCACUCUCCGCACUUGGCGAUGCUCCGUCUUUCCAACCUCCUCCGACCGAGUCCUCUCAGACCAUACCAGACGAUGUGCCCUCUAAGCGUCGCCCAACAGCGUUGCCUCGCAGCUUGCUAGAGGAGAUCCGAAAUUUCCAUCUCACGCCCGGUGGUAGCCAUGGAUCUUCUUUCUCCAAAAGCAUUCCAACUCAAUAUUCAGAGCGCACUCGUGACUACUUCCAGCCAGAUUCUGACGUUGAGGUAUCCCCGACUAGCUCUUUCGAGGAAGAGGAGCGUCGUAAACCAAGGGAAUUUGGGAUUGAGGAGGAGGAAAAUGAGCAGAUCUCUUCUGCGGUUUACUUCCCGCACGAGCGUACAGUGCCUGAUGGGGCUGAUGCAUUACAGCAAUUUCCCGAUAGCUCUAAUGAUGUACAGCCGGGUCAGAUGUCGGCUGCGGAGAAAGGCCGUGAGCUGAUCUUAGUACCAGAGCGUAGCGAUUCUCCCGAAAAGGAAAUCAGCCAUGUGGAUAUAUCCUUUCGAUCUAAGAAUGAAAGUAAGAUCCUUUAUGGCGAUAUCCAUUCUCCACGAGAGAAUCUGCCAGACAACCCCUUGGGUACCAUCUCUGAAUGCAGCUAUGAUUCAACAUACGAUUCCGAAGCUGAACCUCAGUCAGCGGAUGAAAGUAUACAAUCUGCGACUGAGCUGACUGAUGAGGCGGGAACUCCGACUGCCACACCGACCCAGAAAUCCCGGCUUCUCGCUCGCCCCAACGCUCCGCCCCCGGGGCCUCUUGGUGCUGUGGAAUUGAAGCCCUAUCGACAUCAGGUUGGCGGGCACACGACCGUUUUCCGAUUUUCAAGACGCGCUGUAUGCAAGCAGUUGAACAACCGAGAGAAUGAGUUCUACGAACGGAUUGAACUGAGGCACCCAGAUAUGCUUGUGUUUCUCCCAAAAUACAUCGGAGUUCUGAAUGUGACCUUCUCGAAGACAUCUAAACGAAAGGAUCAGGUCGAUCCUGCCGAUGAGACAACUCAAGCGGCGACACCUGCCAACGGAACUUCAACGCUUAGCUCUCAGCUUCUCGAGGCAGCUGAGUCACAAGAGCCACAGCGAGUUGUUAGCCAGUCCCAAGUCACAGGGGUCAUUCCUAAGGUCAUUCUUGAGAAUAAUCGACACAUCAUUCCUGCCGAUCUUUUCACCCGGCAGCAGCGACCGCGGACAGCAGAUGCUUCAAUCAACCGCGCACGAUCCGUUGAUGGCCUCGAGGGCAUGUCAGUGGAGUCUGAUCCAUCGGCGCUGAGCAAGCGGGCCAAGAUCUGGGGCGCCACAACCGUCAAUCUCAAGCUUCAGGAGCAGGUUCUCCGCGAGGUAUUCAGCCCUCCUGCCAUUCAUCAUCAUCGACGGCAUGCUCGUGGUCAUGUCCAUCUGCCAAGAGCUAAUUCCGACAUGCCCGUAACCACACACCGCCGAGAGAACCUAUCAGAAGACCACACCGCCUCCAGUCGACAACCAGUCUCUGGGCCAAUCGAAGCUCUGAAGACAGAAGCGAUUGACAUCAAGGUGGCCCCAAAUGAAGGCCCUGCUCUAUCAUCGUCGGCUUCGACUGCCCUAGAUGCAAAUCAAAGCCGCCUUGAGAAAAUCCGGACCGAAGAGGGGCCCAAUCGAGCAAGCUCGCUCUCUCGAGCUUAUCACACUAGACGGCGCCAUUCCGGGAGUGGCCUCCGGAGACGUGGCAGCAUGGACUCUCGCAACAAUGGAGAGCUUCUGUUCUUUGAUGACGAUGAUUAUGUCGGUGACAAGGAGGAUGAGAUUUUCUCGAUGGAAGCUGAUGCUUCGAUGUCGACUUCUUCCACCGCGAAACUGUCGGUUUCACCAGCGUCAGAAAAUAACUCGACUAAUGGUCGCCCUGCAACCGAGCAUUUUGCUUCUAGUAUAACUUCUGAUCCAACUCGUUUCAAACCAAAAGAGCCCCUCAAUGCGGCUCUACCCAGCAACCCUAAAGAGGCACAGCUGAGAAAAGACGAAAGAGUGCAGUUCUUUCUCCUCCUUGAAGAUCUGACCGCUGGUAUGAAUAAACCAUGCGUACUGGAUUUGAAGAUGGGCACCCGACAGUAUGGCAUUGAAGCGAAUGAGAAGAAGAAGAAGUCCCAGCGACGAAAGUGUCAGUCUACUACUUCGCAGCAGCUGGGCGUGCGGCUCUGUGGCAUGCAGACUUGGAAUGUUAAGAAGCAGGAGUACAUAUUUGAAGACAAGUAUUUCGGACGGGAUUUGAAAUCUGGUCGUGAGUUCCAGGAUGCGCUCACCCGGUUCCUAUACGACGGCGUCAACUAUGCCAGUGUUGCCAAAAAGAUCCCUGUCAUUCUGGAAAAACUUGCUUUGUUAGAGCACAUGAUUCGACAGCUGGGUAGCUAUCGGCUGUAUGCUAGCAGUCUCUUGAUUCUUUAUGACGGAGAACCGCAAGCUCCACCUGAGCAAGGACCGCCUCGGUCUGGCGGUAAACAUGGAAAGUCCAAUGACGGCCAGAGCAGACAGAACGUUCAACUGAAGAUCGUCGAUUUCGCUAACUGCGUCACUGGCGAGGACAAACUUCCUCUAGAUACGCCAUGUCCACCUCACACCCCGCACGACAUUGAUCGUGGAUAUCUGCGUGGCCUCCGUACACUCCGGAUGUAUUUCCAGCGGAUCAUGAAGGAGGUGACUCUGGACGAAUUCGUUGAACGUGGUGAAGGUGAAGCCAUCGCGCUGGGUUCUCAACCUGCGGCUCGUGAGAGACCGUCUGCUCAGUAUUGGGAUGAAACCAUGAUAGAAACCGACGCGGGCGAAGUCAGUUUCUAG